GUUUUCAUCAUUCUUUUGAUAACCCUCGAAGUGUUUGAAAGCAAAUUUCUAAAGCUCUGAAUUUUGGAGAAAAAAAAUUUACUGUGCAAGUAAAGAAGCAGAAGGCAAGCAAGUCUUACAUAAUCAUGAGUUUACUGAAAAGAAAACGAGAACAAGAGAAGCUCCGUAAAAAUGGAUUGAACGAUUAUGAAGCAUCUCAACCAACGAAGAUAUUAAGUGUUAGUUCUAACGAAUGGGGAAAUCAAAUGUUGAACACAGACACGACAAUUCCACAUCAGACUCCUAUGACGUCUUUUCCUCCUACGAAAGAUAUUGAACUUGAUAAAUACAUUAAAAAUAUGGAAGAAGAUUGCGAGAAGAAAGUAAAGAUAAAAGGAGAAAACAUUCCAAGCUGGAAAAUGCAAAGUACAUCUGAAAUUGUAAACCCUUGCGAACCAGUUAUAAUUGAUAAGAAUCUGCAGCAAAGCAAAUGCUAUGAGGCACCAUUGUAUAUCGACCCAGUAACUGGUAAUCCUAUCUCUCUGAAUACCGAAAAUUCCCUUAGCAACACUCCCACAUACACUUCUCAAAUCAUGACAAACAAAGUUGAUCAAGGAAGUCAUUGUGACAAUCAAAACUGUCCUAAUUGCAAACUAAAGUAAACUAUGAUACUGUUCAUGCAAACUUCUGUGAAUGUAGACUACUGACAGC